AAAGAGCAACAAAAAACUAUAUUUCUGAACAUAUGUGCUAUGCCUGCUAAUGACGUCGGUUUCAUCGUAUAAACGGAGAUUUUGAGUUACUAUGAAAUAAUGUCAUCGCAACAGCGCAAAUUUAUACGGAAACAAAACAUUUCAAACAUCACUGCAAAACUGUAAAUACAAACACGCAUCUAUUUUUGUAAUGCUCACAAAAGUCGUAGUAAUAUCAAUUAGUGUUGGCUAGAAACAAGAUUACACACACUGCAGAUGGCAGCGAUAAAGAACAUAGCGCUGGGCAUUAUGUAUGGGCUGUGGGACAGCAUACGCGGUAUGACGCUGGUGCUGUACAUAGACAAUGAGGUUGCCAGACAGAAUGCGGAGCUGGAAACAAUGCGCCAGCUGCGUCGCAUGGACAGGGAUCACUUCAAGCAAUCACAGCAGACACGUUCAACAUCGCCAGUGCCCAGCUCGGCGGCGGCAAUGAUGCGAGAGGAGUAUGCCAAGCGGGCAGAACGAAACUCCGAUGAACGAACGCUCGAGAAGAUUUUGCAGAAAAAGCCACCGGAGAAGCCGCAGCCGCAAGCCGAGAAGAAAAUCGCCAAGAAAUUAUUUAAAUGCUGCCUGCUAAAUGGCGGCUUCACCUGGCUGAGCAUUGUGCUCUUCGAGAAUGUGCUCCUGCCGACGCUUAAAUUCUCGUUAACCAUCUUCUAUGGUGCACAGUCGGAUACACUGCCCUUUGUGUGGAGCUGGCUGCAUCCGAUAUUGUCGCUGAUAUUUGGCAUGAUGUGGGUGCUGCCCAUUUUCAUGCUCUCAAAGGUGGUCAGCUCGCUGUGGUUCGCGGACAUUGCCAAUGCAGCGUAUCGUGUGCGCAAGGGACGACCACAGUUGAUACCUGGCAUCAGUAAACUGGUCGCUGAUUUCCUGUUUAGCAUGGUGGUGCAAAUGCUGUUCCUGGUGCAAAGCAUGCUGGUGAAUCUGGUGCCGGUGAAAUACGUAGGCUCCUCGCUGUGCUUUAUACACUUGUGCCUGCUAUAUUCUCUGUACUCCUUCGAGUACAAAUGGUUCAACAUGGGCUGGGAGCUGCAUCGUCGCCUCACCUACAUUGAGAAGAAUUGGCCAUAUUUCUUUGGCUUCGGCAUACCGCUGACAGUACUGACAAAUAUGUCCAGCUCGCUGAUUGUCAGCAGCUGCAUCUUUUCCAUAUUCUUUCCGCUCUUCAUACUCAGCGGCAAUGAGGCCAAGCCCAUUGUGGACACCACCCAAUUUUCGCUGCGUCUCUUCUCGCCGGUGGUAUUCAUAUCGAACAUGUGCUUUGGCGGCAAUCCGUGGAGCAAAACGAAUCGGCAGCUGGCCCAGCAACGAAAGCAGAUGGAGCAGCAGCGCCAGCAGCAGCGCGAGGAGCUGUUGCUGAAGAAACAGCAGCAUAUGCGGCAACAGCAGCGCCAACAUGAAAUGAUGGCACGACGGGAGCAGUCGCAUUCGCGUUCCCGGACGCCACAGCCCGGCCAGCAGUCGGGGCAGCAUUAUCGCUACGCUCAGCCGCCUGCAUUCGAUGCGGCGCGUGUGCGUGAUUCGUCAGCGUCAUCGACGCACAGCUCGAAUGCAGCGACGCCCACGAGCUUUAGGCCACCGCCAUUCUUUGGUGGAUCGGGCAUGCAUAGUAAUGUGCCGCUGGUGCCCACACCUGUGCCCGGGGCACCACGCACACCCAUCAUUGUGCACGAGGAGUCGGGCCCAGAUGACUGGAAUUUGUGAGAUUUUAUAUGCAUAUACACAAACAUAGCAUAGGCUUCUAUUAUAUAUGUAUAUAUAUAUUGAUCUAUAUAUAUAUGUAUAUGUAUAUUUAUAUGUUUACUGCAACCAUGUACUGCGAUCGAGAACUGUGUAUGUUAAAGCUUACUUUAGACCUAAACUUACGCAUAAUGACAAUGCACGCUAGUCGCCAGCAACUAGUAGCUACUUAUCUAAUGUUUGUAUUUAAGAUUACGCCCACUAGCUGAAUAAUUGAUUGAUAGCGUCAGAUAUUUGGGGGGGAUUCUUUUUUUAAGUGCGCCAAUGACAAUUAUUAUUUACGCUGGGCAUCAAAAAAUGUUUCAUAUAUAAAUAAAAUGUAAUAAAAUUUUUUGUAUUUUCGUCACG